AUGGGUCAAGAGCUGUGCGCAAAGACUCUCCAGCCUGGAUGCAGCUGCCAUCGCUGUUGGGAGGGAGGCGAUGCACACAGCUGUCAGAGGAGUGCGCCUGUGACGACGGAGGCUGAGAUCGAGCUAACAGACCUAAAAGAAGCAUCAUGUUCCAUGACUUCAUUUCACCCCAGGGGACUUCAGACUGUCCGUGCCCGGAAGUUCAAGAGUAAAAGGCCACGAAGUAACAGUGAGUCUUUUCAGGAAGAGGAUCUGAGGCAGGGCUUUCAGUGGAGGAAGAGCCUCCCUUUUGGAGCAGCCUCAUCUUACUUGAACUUGGAGAAGCUGGGUGAAGGUUCUUAUGCUACAGUUUACAAAGGGAUUAGCAGAAUAAACAGGCAAUUAGUGGCUUUAAAAGUCAUCAGCAUGAAUGAAGAGGAAGGAGUCCCAUUUACAGCUAUCCGGGAAGCUUCUCUUCUGAAGGGUUUGAAACAUGCCAAUAUUGUGCUUCUACAUGACAUAAUCCACACCAAAGAGACCUUGACAUUCGUUUUCGAAUACAUGCACACAGACCUGGCCCAGUACAUGUCUCAGCACCCAGGAGGGCUUCAUCCUCACAAUGUCAGGCUUUUCAUGUUUCAACUUUUGCGGGGCCUGGCGUACAUCCACCACCAACACGUUCUUCACAGGGACCUGAAACCUCAGAACUUACUCAUCAGUCACCUGGGAGAGCUCAAACUGGCUGAUUUUGGUCUUGCUCGGGCCAAGUCCAUUCCCAGUCAGACAUACUCUUCAGAAGUUGUGACCCUCUGGUACCGCCCUCCUGAUGCCUUGCUGGGAGCCACUGAAUAUUCCUCUGAACUGGACAUAUGGGGUGCAGGCUGCAUCUUUAUUGAAAUGCUCCAGGGUCAACCUUUGUUUCCUGGGGUUUCCAGCAUCUUUGAACAGCUGGAGAAGAUCUGGGAGGUGUUGGGAGUCCCUACGGAGGAUACCUGGCCUGGAGUUUCCAAACUACCUAACUACAAUCCAGAGUGGUUCCCGCUGCCUAAACCUCAAAGCCUUCAGAAUGUCUGGAACAGGUUGGGCAGAAUUCCUGAGGCUGAAGACCUGGCCUCGCAAAUGCUGAAAGGCUUUCCCAGAGACCGCGUCUCCGCCCAGGAGGCACUGGGUCAUGACUAUUUCCGCUCCCUGCCGUCUCAGCUGCACCAGCUUCCCGAUGAGGAGUCUUUGUUUACAGUUUCAGGAGUAAGGCUGAAGCCAGAAAUGUAUGACCUUUUGGCUUCCUACCGCAAAGGUCACCACUCAGCCCAGUUUAGCAAAUGCUGGUGAAAAGAAAGGGGGACAUCACCAAGAGCCUUCCAGGGCUACAUUACUGCUGCGUCCACUUUAAUUUGCUUCAGCUUCCUGAGAAGC